AUGGCAGCAGAAGGAAAGAAGCAACCAAUAAUUGUUUUGACCAAGCCAUUCUCAUUGGAAAUUGAAUCGGAUUCUGAGCCGAGUUACAGUUACAGAGCCCCUAAUAUUGUACGCCGCUUGUUAAGUUUAUUUAAGAAUAUACGGCCCGGAGCAGAUCUCACUAACUUACAGCUUCCGCCUCUAUUUUAUUUCCCAAAAUCACAACUUCAAUGCUAUGGUGAAUCAGUAUAUAGCACAACUUCAAAUUCAAACUUGCUGGCCAAAUGCAACAACGAGCAAAGUCCAUUGGAAAGGCUCACAUCUGUCGUAGCAUGGAGCAUAUCUACCACGCGUCCUACGUCUUUUGGUGUUGCUCCGUAUAAUCCCAUUCUUGGAGAGACACACCAUGUUUCAAAGGGCAACCUUAAUGUACUACUUGAGCAAGUUUCCAUCAAUCCUCCGGUAUCUGCUCUUCACGCAACAGAUGAAAAGGAAAACAUUGAAAUGAUAUGGUCACAACAACCUGCUCCAAAGUUUCGCGGUACAAGCAUUGAAGCUGAAGUGCAUGGAAAACGGGUGCUAAAGCUUAGAAAUCACGGGGAAACAUACGAAAUGAACUGUCCUCGCCUCUCUAUUAGAAUUCUUCCGUUUCCCGGAGUUAGUUGGGUUGGCAAUGUUAAUAUACUGUGCAAAGAGACAGGUCUUGUGGCUGAAUUGUCCUACAAAUCAUCCUUUUCUUUUCUUGGACUUGGAGGGAAUAGUAAGUUGGUCCAAGGGAAGAUCCUUGAUUCCUCAUCAUUUAGUGUGCUAUAUGAAAUUGAUGGUCAAUGGGAUAGGACUGUCAAAGUAAAGGAUACAAACAGUGGGAAAGUCAAAGUGAUAUAUGAUGCAAAAGAAGUAAUUUCAGGGCUCAAAGCUCCUAUUGUCAAAGAUGCAGAGGGUGUGUGGGAAACUGAAUCAGCCCUUAUUUGGGGUGAGUUGACCCAAGCCAUUAUAAGCAAUGAUUGGGAGAAAGCAAAAGAAGCAAAGCAAGGUGUGGAGGAAAGACAAAAGAAGAUGUUGAAAGAAAGAGAGAGCAAAGGGGAAAGUUGGACUCCUAAGAAUUUUGUGGUGUCUUAUAGUAAUGAAAGUGGGUUGGAGUGUGAUUGUUCACCCAUUAACAAAUGGGUCCCUCCUGCUCCUAUCACAGCCCUUUAA